AUGCCGGCACCAUCCUUAGCUUCUCGGGUAUAUCUCGCCUUCGACGACUUGUCCCGGGCCGGCAAGCAUGUCCUGCACUUUGCUAAAUUCGAUGGCGCCCAAGCUCUUCCGGUACCCCAAGCGACAGUCGAAACGCUGCUCACUGCAGAACUGAGCACCUUCGUGCAGAUCUUCCAGUGGCCAGGCAACCAAGCGAUGGCCAUUACAGUAAACACUGCCGAGCUGCAGGCCUCACAGCGGUGGGAGCUGGCCGAUGCUCUAGUCUCCGCUCUUAGUCAGGCCGAUGUCCAGGAGCUCACGAUCCUAGCGGCCCUGCACUUGCCGUACGCCAAGGAAGGCGGCCUCAACGUGUUCUACAGUGGCCUGAAUGGCCACGUAGAGAAGGAUGCUAAACUGUCACUGGCCGAUCCGUCCUGGGAGGUCAAGGACCCGUGGCUCAGUGCCUUCCUGCAUUUGAUCAAGGUGGAGCAGUGGCCACGUUCCCACCUGCUGCUGGCCAAGGGAUACAAGCCCGGCCGAGACCUGUCCGGCACCUAUGAGGCUGUGGCCGCUUUGGGCCAAGCACUGCAGCUCUUUACGAAGGACAAAGUGACAGUUGAUAGUCAAGAAGUGCAGCGCGGCCUGCCUCGGCGAUUGGCCAUGGAGAAGACCGCUUCAACUACAGGUGACGACCACCUCACCCUGCUCUACCAUUAG